CAUGUUAUUUCGGCGGGAUCGACUCGCUCAAUCACUUAGUCGGUGUUUGUUGAUCAAGCGGUGAGGUGAUAGUAAUUGGAAAUACAUAAUGACGAAAACAAGAGUCUAUGUUAUCGGCGUCGGCAUGACCAAGUUUGAAAAACCCGGUCGCCGUGCCGAUGUUUGCUAUCCGGACUUUGCCAAGGAGGCCGUUACGAAGGCGCUGCAGGAUGCCAACAUCAAGUUCGAGGAGGUGCAGCAGGCGGUUGUGGGUUACGUUUAUGGCGACUCCACCUGUGGCCAGCGUGCCGUUUACGAAGUGGGCAUGACCGGCAUACCCGUCUACAAUGUAAACAACAACUGCUCGACCGGCUCCAGUGCCUUGUAUUUGGGUAAACAGAUCAUCGAGUCGGGUAACGCCGAUUGCGUGCUGGCUCUAGGCUUCGAGAAGAUGGAGCGCGGCUCUCUAGCAGCAAAAUACUUUGAUCGUGUUAAUCCCAUGGAACGACACAUCACAGAAAUGGGGGAACUGACGGAAAUUGGUGCCGGUCCCAUGGCUGCGCAGAUAUUCGGCAAUGCCGGCAAGGAACACAUGAAGAAGUAUGGCACGAAACCGGAGCAUUUUGGUAAAAUCGCCUGGAAGAACCAUAAGCACUCGGUUAAUAAUCCUUACUCGCAGUUCCGCGAUGAGUACACUCUGGAGCAGAUUAUGAAGUCGCCACAGGUGGUGGAGGGCGUGUUGACUAAGUUGCAGUGCUGUCCCACCUCUGAUGGAUCGGGAGCUGCCAUUCUGGCCUCCGAACAGUUUGUGCGCCGGCAUGGCCUGCAAGCACAAGCUGUGGAGAUUGUGGGCAUGGAAAUGGCCACAGAUCCCGAGUCGACUUUCGCCGACAAGAGUCUGAUGAAGAUUGCGGGCACCGAUAUGACCCGCUUGGCCACCCAGCGUCUGUUUGCCAAGAGUGGCUUUAAGCCACAGGAUGUUCAGGUGGUUGAGCUGCACGAUUGCUUCUCAGCCAAUGAGCUGGUCACCUACGAGGCCUUGGGUCUGUGCGAGGAGGGCAAGGCUGGCGAAUUUAUUGACCGCGGCGACAACACAUACGGCGGCAAGUUUGUAGUGAACCCGAGCGGUGGUUUGAUUUCAAAAGGUCAUCCAUUGGGCGCCACUGGGCUCGCCCAAUGCGCCGAGCUGUGCUGGCAACUGCGCGGCCUGGCCGAGAAGCGUCAGGUGGACAACUGCCAGCUGGCUUUGCAACAUAACUUGGGUCUGGGCGGUGCCGUUGUGGUGGCGCUCUAUCGUCUAGGGUUCCCUGGAGCCACCAAAGCAAAGUUGUAAAUGGUGGAAUUGUUUUUAUAAAUAUAAUUUUUAAUUGCAUUUAACUUCUA